AAACCAGAACUUAUUAAAUUAUGCAAAUCUAAACAAUUAAAAAGUGUAGGAACCGUAGAUAACCUAAGGGCUAGAUUAUCUAGAUACUAUAAGGAGAUCGUAGAAUUAGACGACAUCGAAGAAACUUUAAGCGAUCAACAAAAACUCAAAAUUCAAAAAGAUUCAACUGAAGACAGAAUUGAUAUUAAAGAAUUACUUACACAGAGCAGUUCAAGUGAUUCAAGUCCAGAAACAACUAAUAACGCCAAAAUCGAUAUAACAACAGAAAUCGUGGAAAUGAAGCAAAUGGGAAACAGCACAGUAGGGACAACAGCAGGGACAGAUACCCAAGUUCCACAACGCCGGAAAAACUAAACAGAAGAGAAAACAUAACAGGCUACAAAUGCCAUGAAAAUGGACACUAUGCUAACGAUUGCAAUUUUUCAAAAAACGAAUAGCACCCGAGCUAAGAAAAAAAUCGGAAUAUCUAACUCGCGGAAUAAAUAGCAUUUACACUAAAACCGACACCUCAACAUUUAACAAAGAUAAGCAAAUUGAAAAAAAAUAAUUAUAUACAUUUUGUAGAAAAUUGGUACAAAUCAACAAAUUCAAAUAAAUCAAUCACUGAAGAAGUAAAUAAUAACGAUGAAAAAAUCAUAGUAAACAUAGUAACAAUAAGUAGUUUGAACCCACUAAAUGAAUUUCAAAAAUUCCUACUCAGCAAUAACAAUUGAACUGAUUUCCGGUGCGAUUACAGUGAACAGAAGGUAAACAUUUUUUCAUUACCAAAUAAUAUCGCAAUCGGCCAUUGCACAAGUCAAUGCCUUACCAUGUC